AACGUUUUCUGAUCUGCUUCUUCGUGACUGGUGUCUUGAUGUUCCAUGCAUUGGGCUCAUUCAUAGCUGUGCUUUUUCUUUCCUAACUCCAGCGCAAACGACACAACAUCAACAUCGGUGUCGGAUGACACCUCCCGAUCCGCAACAUCUGCACAUCAAUUGCCGCAAGUUAGGACAAACUCCCAGAAACAAAGGCCUUCUCGCAAUUCACAGGUCCGCGACCUCUUAGGAUAUUGGUUGCAGAGCGCCUUGCAAUUUCACACAUCUCUCCCACCUCCUCCCAACCUCUCACACGCCAUUUCAACAAUGGCUUCAAAUCGUGGAUCCGUCUCUAUCUCCUCUCCUUCAGCAGAAGAACGAAAGAUGAAGAUUGCAUGCCUUCAGUUUGCGCCCGAAGUGGGCAAGGUUCAGGAAAACAUGUCAAGGGCAGACAGUAUUCUACGAGACACACAGCUCCCCUCGGAUCUGGACUGGCUGGUUCUGCCCGAAAUGGCGUUUUCAGGCUACAACUUCUACUCCCUCGAAGAAAUCCGCCCCUACCUUGAGCCCACAACAUCUGGUAUCAGCACACAAUGGGCCAUCCGCGUAGCAGCAUACUACAACUGCCAUGUGACAAUCGGCUACCCAGAACUAACAACCACGCAACCUCCCACACAAUACAACUCCACCGUCACCGUCUCUCCCCAAGGCAAAAUUCUGUCCAACUACCGUAAAUCCUUCCUCUACUACACAGACGAAACAUGGGCAUCCGAAGGCCCAGGCUCCUUCUCACACCACCAUUCAGAUCCGGAUUCUCCCGACUCACCAUUCUAUUCGGGACCUCUGGGCGCUCUGGGCAAUGUCACGCUCGGUAUCUGCAUGGAUAUCAAUCCGUACAAAUUCACGGCGCCGUGGGAAAGCUAUGAAUUUGCCAACACAGCGCUUACAAACAGCACGCCCCUUAUCUGCGUGUCAAUGGCAUGGCUCUGCCAUCUCACGCCCGAGGAGCUGAUGCGAGACCCUACACAGCCCGACGUCGCAACCGUAGCAUACUGGGUCGAGAGAUUUCAGCCGAUCGUGGAGGCUAUGGGAGAGCGACCGGUGUAUGUGGUGCUGGCGAAUCGAAGUGGUAUGGAGAAGGGCGUGUGUUAUGCGGGGAGUAGUACGAUCGCCAAGAUUGAGAAGGGGAAUGUGAGUCUGUUCGAGACUGCCGGGAAGAGCGAGGAAAAGUGUUUGGUGGUAGAUUUGGCGGAUAGGCCAAAGUUUCAAGUGAGGAGUGGAACAAGGUGAAAGAUAAGUGUAGUUGGAGCCACGCUGGGUUCAGUGUGUUUGAUGUAGAUAGUAGCGCCAACGCAGACCAAGCAUUACACACAAUCCGGUUUGAGUCAAUCAUGUGUGUAGUUUCUGUUUCUUGCUCAUCCGGUUAAUAGGCAGUCGACGCGACGAAGCAAACCGACGGUCUUCAGAAUACCUGCUCUCUUCCCUGACUGACCAUUGAUGGAGUCAAGAUCGCUGAAUAUCCAAGAUCCAAUAGCAAUCCACAUCACCCAAAACGGAGGUACUCAUCAUUUGUUCAUUCGACCUCGCGAGUGUAUUCAUAUAUCACUGGCU